AGCCCUUGAACCUCAUAGCCAAAUCUUUCUCGGUCGAUACCAUUCCGAUCAUUCGGGUUCUGGCUGAAGCUUUCAAGACGUUCGCCCGUGGUGUGUGCCGGCCUGCUUGUGUCACAAAUAAUUAUUUAUAUUGCUUUAUGUGAAUUUUCAUCCGGCAGAUGAUCACAAUGACGGGUGGAAAUGAUCUCAUAUCCACAGAUAUCCACUUGAGAACAAACCCAUAUGAUGCUAACACCGCUCACAGCAGGAAAUCAGGGACUCCACAAGAGGCAAGAAAGCUCAGAUCAACAGUACAAACAGACGCGUUGUAGCCUCACCAGACUCUUGCCCUUGAUCCAGUUCCGGUAUUCCCGGUGAUCUACAAGACCACUCGCCCCGCUUUCGCCAUGAGUUCUUGGGUAUAUAUUUGUAGGGCUUCUUCUUCCCAGUCUCUCUUUUCAUUGAUACCCAUAAACUCCACAGAUUUCCAUUCCGCUUCAUCAUCUUGUGCGUUGAUCCCAGCUAGGCCUCUCUUAUCCUAGUUGGCCGCUUUGUAGUCAUACCGAUUUGCAAAGAGAACUGGAAACUUGUGUAGCUUGAAGCCGGCUCUGGGCCAGGUGCUUGACCCCUGAAUGAACUGUGAAUUCGACGCGGAAGACUCUCAGAAGUCUUUUGGAGAUUUCCAACUCGACACCAUGGCCAACAAUACCGACCCAGACGACAUAUAUUCCCUGCAAAGAAAACUGGACAAGAUGAAUCAUAUCAUGAGUCAACAAGCGCAAGUUCUUGGUAACCUCGCAGCAGCCGCUCGAGAACAACCAGUUUCUCCCCAUCUCCAAGAAAACUUAAACUUGAUUGAAGAUAUGAAGUUAAACUUAUUCAUCCAGUUGCCGGUUGAUGUUUUCAAUCAAGUAAAUCCAAUCGGACCAAUCCUCGCCUUUGAUGGAUCAAAUUACGUCGAAUGGACGAAAGCUAUUGAUCGAACUCUCCAGUUUGCCUUCUCUCGCGAUCAAUCGUUUUUUGACGAUCUUCACAACUCCUUCGAUCUCCUUAUGCUUCAAAAUCGAGCGGUCACUAGCCUGAUUGUUGGGACUAUUGAUGAGGAGUUGAGCACGGUCGUCGUAACAGGAGGAUGGAUGCCGGCAGUAGAGCUCUUCGAUCUCCUGCGAGAAACAUGCGAAAGACCUGAAAGAAGACACAAGAUCAUCCUUGCGAAGGAGAUAAUCAAGCUUGCUGUUGAGCAAUCACCAGCAAGUGAAGAUUGGCUCAACAGAUUCCACACAAUCAUGACUGACAUCAAACAAGCUAAAAUAUCGGUUGAUGAACUUGGUGGUCUACUGAUGCAAUCGCUUGCCAUCGCCCCGCCUGGAGUCGACAGUAAGAACUUUGAGUCCUCCAUUGCUCAGACCCUCGACGACCAGACGAAAAUACCGAGACUUGAUGAAGUUGCAACAAUCAUUCGAUCAGCAUUGAAUAAGGCUCGUACAUCUGAUCAUCAGCUCACACACAGUUCGAUACCUCCCGAUGCCAACAAGUUAUCAGUGGAAGCUUUGGAAUCCUCACAAGACAAGCCGGCUCCUCCCCAAACUGAGUCAUCCAUCAGUCAGCCCCUCAACGACAAGAAGGAAAUACCGACAGGCGGUGAGGUUACGACGAUCGAUCAAUCGGUGCCGCACAAGGCUGAUACAUCUGAUCAACUCACACUCGGUUCGAUACCCUCAAAUUCCAAAACACCGGUGCAAGCAUUGGAAUCCUCACAAGUCGAGCCGGCUCCUUCGGAAAUUGAAUCCUCCGUCAGUCAGCCCCUAGGCAGCAAGAUGGGAAUACCCCCGCGCGGUGAAGUGACGACGAUCAAUCAAUUACCAUCAAGCAAGGCUGGUGCAUCUGAUCAACUUACAACAGGCUCUAUACCCUUCGAGUUCAAAAUGUUGGGAGAAGCUUUGAUAUCUGAGGAAAACAAGGAAACAUUUCCUCACGAACAAGCCAACAAGUCGAGUCCCGAUUAUACCCAACGCUUUGCCUUCAGAAAAUCAACCCUUGAAAAAGCGUUAUACUAUAAAGGUAGAGAUCACUCCACCUUAUUAGAACCGUAUGGACGUGAAUGCCGUUACUGCGGCAAAACUGGCCACUGGUAUGCCGACUGUGAACAGUACUGGGAAGAUACCCGACGAGAUCAGAUCGAAGCUCAUGGAGCUGAUGCGAAUUCCAUCCCGCCCCAGCAACCAAACCUCAAGUCCAGGCAUCGACCUAUCGUCCGUAAAGAAAUACGCCGCCGCAACGGAAAUACCGCAAACUAAGAAACAUUUCCAUUCGGACAUCUCUGUAUCCCAAUGCUCAGUCAGUCAGCGAAGACCGCAAUGCAUGAAUGCAGCUUGACCACCGCCCAGCUUCACCACCGUGGCGAGGCGAUUCAGAGACCGUGAUGUGAGAUUGUUGCGAUAGUUCUUAUGUGUCUUGUAGGCCAACCCUUAUGAAGCUUGUUUUCCUCUUCCUCUCAUCAUGUCUGCCCUGCCGUAGUUGUAACUUUAGUCUAGUUUCCUGAGUUCGAGAGUCAUUUAAAAAGGAGGGUAGCUUACAAAAGCACUGAGGCCUGUUUUGAUUUCAAAGACUCAUAAAUACGUCCACUUGAACGCGCAUGCGUCGUAGCCAAUCUCAUCAUUGCUAACAUGAGUCCCACAUCGCAUCCUACAAAAUUUGAAGCCUGUAAAUCAGAGAUUAGCCACACCGCUAUUGCAACCCACGCUGGGGCUUGUCACUACCCAUAUCUCUAUCAACCGUUCGCCACUGAGUCUCACUGAGUACGGAGAAAAUGGACACUGUAAUGAGCCCAGAAAUC